UUGAAAAGAACUUCUUUAGGAGACUUUCAUACAGUUAAACUAUUUGCAAACCACAGUUUCAUCUACGUCAAUAUGCAACAUUUUAAAACCACACAAAAAGGAAAGGAAAUUUUUUGUACAGCCAGCAGUCCUGCAAUGGGGCUGCUGCCGCCGCGGCUUGUCAAACAGCUCGGGCUUCUCUGAAGAUUUGAAGUGAGGCCCGCUGAGGCUCAGAGAAGACAUCUCCAGAGUCCUCCUUACUUUCCCUCAAGAUGACAAACAGUUCUAUCUUCUGCCCAGUUUACAGAGAUCUGGAGCCAUUCACGUAUUUUUUUUAUUUAGUUUUCCUUGUUGGAAUUAUUGGGAGUUGUUUUGCAACCUGGGCUUUCACACAGAAAAACACAAAUCACCGGUGUGUGAGCAUCUACUUAAUUAAUUUGCUUACAGCUGACUUCCUGCUCACUCUGGCAUUACCAGUGAAAAUCGUUGUCGACUUGGGCGUGGCACCCUGGAAACUGAGGAUAUUCCACUGCCAAGUAACAGCCUGCCUCAUCUACAUUAACAUGUACUUAUCAAUUAUCUUCUUAGCAUUUGUCAGCAUUGACCGCUGUCUUCAGCUGACACACAGCUACAAGGUUUAUCGCAUACAAGAACCUGGAUUUGCCAAAAUGAUAUCGACUGUCGUGUGGCUAAUGGUCCUUCUCAUAAUGGUGCCAAAUAUGAUCAUUCCCAUCAAAGACAUCAAGGAAAAGCCAAAUGUGGGGUGCAUGGAAUUCAAAAAGGAGUUUGGAAGAAACUGGCAUCUGCUGACAAAUUUCAUAUGUGUAGCAAUAUUUUUAAAUUUCUCAGCCAUCAUUUUAAUAUCUAACUGCCUUGUGAUCCGACAACUCUACAGACACAAAGAUGAUGAAAACUAUCCAAACGUGAAAAGAAGUCUCAUCAGCAUCCUUUUAGUGACCACAGCGUACGUCAUAUGUUUUGUUCCUUAUCACAUCGUCCGGAUCCCGUACACCCUCAGCCAGACAGAGGUCAUAUCUGACUGCUCCACCAGGAUCGCACUCUUCAAAGCCAAAGAGGCCACGCUGCUCCUGGCGGUGUCGAACCUGUGCUUUGAUCCCAUCCUGUACUAUCAUCUCUCAAAAGCCUUCCGCCUAAAGGUCGCUGAGACUUUUGCUUCCCACAAGGAGACCAAGCCUCAGAAAGAAAAAUCAAGCUGUGAAAACGAUGCAUAACAUAUGGGAUUUUUCAUGCUCUUCCUACUCGCCUUAGUGGACAAUAAGUACAGAACUAACGGGAAAGAGAAAAAAAAAGAGCCUCAGUAAGUAAAAAUACAGACAGCUAGCAAAUGUGGCCUGGUUUACCGAGAAACCCCGUUUCCAAAUGCAAGCCAAGGAGGAGUACUCCAGUGGUUGCUGACGCUCCUCAGCCCAAACAUUUGUACAAAAACCCAAAGUCCUGUUGAACCAAUGUACAACCCUGUAAUAGCCUUGAAAUGCAAAUGAGUUCAACGACCGAGACUCAGAGUGGUCAUUUAAAUGCCUGGAACUGACUUCUUCAUAGAAAUAUGCGAAGUAAUCUCUAUGCGGAAGUUGCCAGAAAGCCCUUCAUUCAGUAACACAAUUUAAAGCCCUUUAGAUCACU